CCUCCAGUUAUCCGUCUCACAGGCUGAUAUUCAGUAUUUGUGCUCACGCCGGGUUGAGGUGUGGACUCUGUGCUUCUUCAGUGUUUGAGAAAGAGCGCAAAGCUGGACCGCUCCAUCAUGACCAUGUACAAGGGGAAGCGUCGCAACCAUCGCUACAUAAACAUGGCAGGUGAGCCCAAACCGUACAGGCCUAAACUGGGCUCCAAACGGCCACUCUCAGCUGUCUACAGCGGGUAUGAAUUUGACUAUGAAUACUACAGAGAUGAUUUCUACAGCCGUGAAGACGGACCAGAUCCAGACCAUCAAACGAGAACUCACUCAGAUUAAAAUGAAGAUCGACUCCUUACUGGGACGUCUGGAGAAGAUUGAGAAGCAGCAAAGAGCUGAAUCUGAGGCUCAAAGGAAAUACGAGGACAACUGUGACUCCCUGCACGAGGAGUCUGUGUCAGAAAUGGCAGAAAACUCUGGCGAGGAGGCCGGUGAGGGUGCGCUGGAUGUAGAAGCAGGAGAGAUGACCGACGGAGGCGAAGACGAGUAUGAGGAGGGCAGUCACCAUCUGAUAGAGAACCAUGUAUCGGAUAUCGACAACUGAGAUAAGGGUGAGGAAUCAAACUCUCCUGGCUGUAGGUAUUAGAAUUCAUCAUCACCUUCAGGAGGCAGAAGGGGAUCUGCAGGGGAUCAAGACCCUACCAUUCAGGACAGUGCGUUGUGUUCAAGAGAUGCAGAGUCAUGUUCCGAUUGCUCGACUCUGCAGCACAAACCAAAUGUGUCGUGCUAUUUACACAAAAUUUGUUUUUGAUGUGUUGCCCUGAGUUUCCUUCGAGAGCAGCUUAUUUAACAAAGCAAGAAGCCAACCGUCUAUACAGCUCCUGAAACAUGAAAAACGAUGAAACGGAACGGAUUUAUGAAUGACGGUCAGAAACACGAUAUUGAUGAAUUGUUGAUGCUUUUAUAAAAUGUGCUUGCGCUGUAAUUUUACUUUUUUUUUUCUUGUUGU